ACAGACCCUUUUUCGUUCAAGUAAAGAUCCCUAUGGAGUGUAGUGCACUAUGUAGUGAUGCUGCCUUCUGCUGGAGCUGCACCGCUCCACCGGCCCGUGCAGAGAUGGCGAGGAAACCCCGCGGACACGGCACUGCUUUUUCAUGACGGUGAGUUUCCCCUUUGAGUGUAUUAUAAUUUUGUGAUAAAAAUUUCAAGGAAAAAACACACACAACCUCCUUCCUCCCCUUCCUUCGGGGAGGGAAGAGCAAGCGUGGAGAGAGAAAAAUCUAUCUGAGACUGAGCAGCAAGGACAGUGAGGGGAAAUAUAUAUGAGUGGGAGAGGGAGAAAGAAGAAGAAGAAGGAGGAGGAGGAGGAGGAGGAGGGGGAGCAAAUUAAAAGUUGCCAAAUGGAGAUAUUGGGUUUCAAGAGGAGUUAGACAGGAGUGUCAUGGAUGAUGAAGACGACCGCCGUCUUCUGGAUUUUAUAGGAGAUGUGCAAGCAUUGAAUGAGUAUCUUCAUGGUUCAAAUAGUAAAUCUAUUGGAGAAGAUGAUGUGACUAAUGCAGCGUUUGGGUCGGCCAGUUCAUUCUUAACUAGUGACACAGGUGGCUCCAACAAUGGACUCAAAGAUGACCACAAUCAUUUGGGAGAAUUUGGGGAGGCUGGUGGAGCUGAGCUUCAGCUCUCAAGCAGUCUUCCGUUCAUGGAGGAUGACCUCGACAGUGGAACCUCACAAGAUGGGGUCGAUCUUGGGGGCGAGGACCAACCCUUCGACAUCCUUCAGAAGUCAUUGCUGGAAGCAGAUAUUACAGAGCAGACAUUGGCUCAAGAAGCCCUUUUGGACUCCCAGCCCUCUUUCAUUCCCACAGCUUCCGCUUUCCCUCAGCAGCUGGUCUCUGGAGGGUUUGGAGGUAUCGCAGGUCCUGGUGUGGUGGCACCAUUGGCACAACCUCAGGCUUUUAUCCAGCAGGUUCCCCAACUACCCUUGCCAAACGGCCCUGCUGGACACAUCCAGGUAGUGGGAUCCUUCAAUGGCAGUGCCUCCUCCAUGAUGACUAUCAACAGUUUGGAACAGCCUCAGAUCCUUUUGAGGCAGAGCGGAAAUGUAGUGACAAACAACAGCGGACAAGGUACCAUGUUCACCCCUUCUGCAGCUGGUCAGGUGUCAAUGUCCUUCAAUAAAGGGACGAUACCGCUUCAGAAUUUUAUCAUCCAGAGAGGCCCUAUGCAACAGACAUUGAUUAGAUCCAUUCAGCCUAAACCCUUACAGACAGGGGGACAAACUGUAUACAAUAUCAGCAACAUCGGACUUCAACCCAGCACCACAACUACUGCGAAUUUAGUCAGUAACUCCUACACAGCCAGUGGCUCUCCUCAGUCUGCUCAACAGGUGAAAGUGGUCAAUUCAGCCAGCAGCAUUUUAAUGCAUUCACCUCUGGGGCAACAAGCGCAACCACAGUCCCAGUCCAGUCUGCCUCAAGGGCAGUUUUUGCUACCCACUUCUGUUUCCCUCACCCCUGGUACGACUGUUCACAGCUUCCAGUCUGUGAAUGGGCAGGUGUUACAAACAAACACUCAAGUGGGCGACCCGUCGUCAAUGUGCACUACCACCUACUCCAUCCUCACCAAUCAGAACACAACAGUACAGCUUCUUGCUGGGCAGAACUUUUCAACUGGAGGGCAGCUUAUAGUCAAUCAAGGUUUGGUUGCUGGAGGUCAAAUAGGCCAAGCUUCACCAACACCUGUUGUGCAGGUGUCUCAAAGGCCUGGUGCCAUGGCCAAAGUUUGGACUGCCAGCGCCUCACCUAGCCCAACCCCUGUACAGGCGUCACAGGCUUCGGGCCACCUCACCAUGGUCAGCUCAGUCCAAGGCCCACAGGUUUGUCAACAGUUAUCUGUGACCCCUGGACAGCACCUCCUUAUGCCUGUGGCCCAGAACGUUCCAGCUACUUCUGGUGUUCAGGAGUUACAAGUUUCUUUAAACCAGGACACCAUAGCAGCAACACAAAGGGGGCAAACACAAUUAGUUAAUCUUCUUGGUACCAAAGCUGUGAAAACGCUCACUCCUGCCAGUCAGGAAUUGCCUUUUACACUGAAGCGACCUGCAACUCAACAACUUACUAGAGGAGAAAUGGUUCUCCAGCAGUUAAGACGAGAUCACAGUAGAGUCAUGUCUUCAGAGCGGACGCCCUUCACUUCAUUUAAUGAUGUCAUUGACAGAUUACUGCCCUAUCAUGUUUUCCAAGGCUCACCACCACAAGAUGAAGAUUUCAACAAAGUUGACGAGGAGUUUGAGGCAGUUGCCAUACAAGUGUUAAACAGAACGCAGGCCAUGGUGAACAAAUACAGGCGCUUACUUAUGGUGGAGGCAGAGAUGUCCAGCCCUUCAUCAGAAACGGUGAUGAUUGACAGGACUUUUAAUCAAGAGGAACGGGGCAACUUGACCCAAGACAAACGAAUGGUAAUAGUGGAUCCAGAUGGCUUCCUGGAAGACUUCUGCUGUGGCCCUAAACUGAAGAUCCGAAGUACAGAAGUUUUGACGCCCGCCACCCAUGAGGGCAAUCCCAGCGUAAUGGAGACAUCCCCAAGGCAUUCCAUAAGUCACACCGAAAGAGAUGGGCAGGGUGUGAACAGCCACACAGAACCUGCUUAUAGGACAGAACCUCAACAACAAAGAAUGGAGGAACACAGAAGAACUCCCAUCAAGUGCAUCCUGGACCUAAAAAAAAAUAAAUUCAACAACCUAAUCAGCAGCAACAGUCAACCUGCUCACUACCCUGCAUCUCCCAGCCAAUCACAGCAUAGCUCCACCCAAGGCAACCCUUCAAACCUGGAGCAGGGUCAUGAACAUCAACUUCCCUCAGAUCAUAGUCAAGCCCCAUUGGCUGACACUGACUCUGUGCUUGAGGCUGCCGUGAAUAGCAUCUUAGAAUGUUAGACAGUGCCAUAUUUAUGUUUGUUAGUUGUUCCAUGGUAAUCUCAUUUCAUGCCAUUUGUGUGCAAGCUGAACGGACGUACAUUGGCAUUAUCGCGGGUUAAAAUCCACACAUGUGCAUGACCAUGUCGAUCA